AUGGUAGGCGUUUUCCGGCGAUCCCUUUCGUUUCCAAACAAAAACCCUAACCGUCCAUCACAUAAACCACACAUAUCCCACCACAUAAGGUCCAUAAGUCUUCCAUCAAGAUCUCACCCUCUCAUUUCUCAGAUCAAAGAGGACACAAAAAACCUCACAAAAUGGGCCUCCAAUUGCAAUACCCAUCCACUCGCAUCCAAAGACCUUUCCCACGCAUUGACCCUUCUCAAAGACACUCACGAAACGCUUCAACACAUCCUCCACCUCCCUCAGACUCUAGACUCCCUCCGCUCCCACCCUAUGUGGCUCGAGAAUCUUCUAGAACACUUCCUCCGCUUCGUUGACGCUUAUGGAAUGUUCCAAACAUCCCUCUUCGCUCUCAAGGAGGACCACUCUUCAGCUCAGAUGGCUUUAAGGAAGCGCGACGAAUCCAAGGUUGUUGCGUACGUCAAAGCUAAGAAGAAAAUCGCCAAGGAAAUGGAGAUGCUCGUGUCUGGUCUUAGAUGUGUCACUGUCAGUGUCACCCAACAUCAACAAAGCAUGCUUCACGUUCCUGCGUCCGUGGUGGACGCUGAACUGAGACACGUCAUCGCUGAUGUUAUGAGCGUGACGGUGUCCGUUUCCGUUGCUCUGUUCAACGGGAUCGCUACGUCGUUUGCGUCUAGAAGGUUGUCGUGGGUGCAAAUGGUGAAGUUGUCUAGAAUAGGUGGGAGAGUAAAGAAGGAAAAUGAAGGCAUUGAAGAACUUCGACAGCGUGAUGGGGUGGAAAGCCUGAAGAAUCUGAAAAAUAAGGGAGAUGAAGAGAUGAGAUUGGUUUUUAAGAGAAUGCGGGAUUUGGAAGAAUGUAUCUGUGCCAUUGAAACUGUUAGCGAGAAAGUCUUUAGGGCUUUGAUUAAUUCUCGGGUUGCACUGCUCAACACUCUUACCCUGACACAGUAG